UUUCACUCGCACGUGUUUACAAACCAGUGCAUUCCAUUCCCGAAACGCCAUUGUGAAAUAGCUGCGCCACAGAGAUUCUCCAGAGGAUUAAUGGAUCACGAAUACGCUGGCGUUAGCCCGCUGGGCGCCGGGGAGGGCAAGGGGGCCGGCGGCGCCGCCACGAACGCGGUGGUUCUGUGCUGCGAGUGCGGAGUGGCCAUCACCCCGAAUCCGGCCAACAUGUGCGUCACCUGUCUGCGCAACCAUGUCGACAUCACGGAGAACAUCCCCAAGCAGGCGGUGCUGCACUUCUGUCGCAACUGCGAGCGCUACCUGCAGCCGCCGAACGAGUGGAUCCAGGCCUCCCUGGAGUCCCGCGAGCUCCUGGCCGUUUGCCUGAAGAAGCUAAAGGGCCUCAAAGACGUGAAACUGGUGGACGCGGGCUUCAUCUGGACGGAGCAGCACUCCAAGCGCAUCAAGGUCAAGCUGACGGUGCACGGCGAGAUCACCGGCGGCACGGUGCUGCAGCAGGUCUUCGUGGUGGAGUUCACGGUCCAGAAUCAGAUGUGCAACGACUGCCAUCGCACCGAGGCCAAGGACUUCUGGCGCUGCCUGGUGCAGGUGCGCCAGCGGGCGGAGAACAAGAAGACCUUCUACUACCUGGAGCAGCUGAUCCUCAAGCACAAGGCCCACGAGAAUACGCUGGGCAUUAAGCCGGAGCACGGCGGCCUGGACUUCUUCUAUGCGAGCGACAACCACGCCAGGCGCAUGGUCGACUUCCUGCUGACCAUGGUGCCCGGCAAGGUGACCACCUCGAAGCGGCUCAUAUCGCACGACAUCCACAGCAACAACUACAACUACAAGUACAACUGGUCGGUGGAAAUAGCGCCGGUGUCGAAGGACAGUGCCGUCUGCCUGUCCAAGAAGCUGCGCCACCAGCUGGGCAAUCUCUCGCCACUGGUCCUGGUUAACCGGGUGUCCAGCAGCAUUCACUUGAUCGAUCCCCUGACCGCACAGAUCGCAGAGCUCACCUCGCAGGUGUACUUCCGCGCUCCCUUCGAGGCCGUCUGCAAUCCCAAGCAGCUGGUCGAGUACAUCGUCAUGGACAUCGAUGUGAUCAUGGAGAAGGACCGCAAGAGUUAUCCCGGCCAGGGGCAGGUCUCCUUCAAGCACGCCCUCUGCGACAUUUGGGUGGUGCGAGCCUCGGAACUGGGCAUCAACGACAAUCCCAUUCACACGCGCUCCCAUUUGGGCCAUUUGCUCAAGGUGGGCGACUCGGUGAUGGGUUACAACACGGGCGAGGCGAACAUCAACGACCAGGAGUUCGACAAACUGUCGCCGGACCUAAUUCCGGAUGUGAUCCUGGUGCGCAAGCACUACGAUCGGCAGACCAGGCUCAGCCAGCGCAUGUGGAAGAUCAAGCAUCUGGCGGCGGAGGCCACCGACGAGCGCAGCAAGUACGACUACCACGAGUUCCUCGAUGAUCUCGAGGAGAACGAGGAUAUACGCGGGCAGGUCAACAUCUAUCGCGACUCGAACAAGACGAUACCCGUUGAGGUGCAGGCCGCCGCCGGCGGGGAUGUGCCCCAGAUCACGCUGGAGGAGAUGCUGGAGGACAUGACGCUCGAGUGCGCCGACGACGAGAUGGGCGAGGAGGAUGGGGAGCCCGAGGAGCCGCAGCUGUAGUUCUCUUUUUUUUUUAUUUAUCUAUCAUAACCGCUUUCUUUUUACCCAUGUAUGCCCUGUACAUAUUCGCUUAAUCCACAUAAACAACUAGGAAACUAGAGGAAACUUAA